ACAUGUGCGCAAGCAGUCGUCGAGAGUUAUAUUUACCUUGUUUUGAAAUGGCACCAGGGAGUAAGAUUUUCGUUGGUUCUCGAGCCAUUGGAUUUUACAGCAACCAUGUUCCUUUAUUAACAAAAUAUAAUCAGAAAUUUAAGGAAACGUACGUUAUCACCUCCGUUGGAAAAUCGUUCCAUACUUACAACUGUUCAAACUUUGGAUUAAUCAGUGUCAGUGAUGCUCACCCAAGUGAUAUCACCUGUAUGGCUGCCGAUAGCAAGUAUGUGUAUACUGCAUAUGGAAACACAGUAACAGCUUUCAUCAGAUCCACUACGGCAGAGCAUGUUUAUGAAUGUCCUGGCAAAAAUGUGCACCACCUCCUUCCAUUUGGGGAUCAUCUGAUUGCUGUUGAUGUUGAGAGUCAUGUCAGUAUUUGGCAUAUUUCCACAAAAGACUUGUAUAUGGAGCUAGAAUUUAACAAUUCUACAUUCAGAAUUUCUACCAUGAUGCACCCUAGUACUUACCUGAAUAAGAUUCUUUUUGGAAGUCAUCAAGGUACCUUGCAACUAUGGAACAUACGCAAAAACAAAUUGGUAUACACAUUUGAUGGAUGGAAUUCACACGUCACUGCUAUUGAGCAGGCUCCAGCAGUUGAUGUAGUGGCUAUUGGUCUAGCUAAUGGCAAUAUUAUCAUUCACAAUCUCAGGUUUGAUGAAUCUGUAAUGACAUUCACUCAAGAUUGGGGUCUAGUCACUGCAAUUUCUUUUCGUACAGAUGGCCAUCCUAUUAUGGCAACUGGAAGUAUGGUUGGUCACAUUGCAUUUUGGGAUUUAGAAGAAAAGAAGUUGAAAGGUCAAAUGAGGGAUGUUCAUCAUGGUGCUGUAACUGGCAUGUGUUUUCUCAACUCUGAACCUUUAAUGGUUACCACGGCUGCAGACAAUGCAUUAAAGAUGUGGAUUUUUGAUCAGCCUGAUUGUGGUGGCAGACUUCACAAAAUAAGGUCAGGUCACUAUGCACCUCCAACAAGGAUUCGUUUCCAUGGCAAGCAUGGCAAGGAUAUCUUAAGUGCAGGUCAGGAUUGUACUUUAAAAUCAUUUUCAACAGUUCAUGAGAAACACAACAAAAACUUCGGUCAAGCCUCCAUGAACAGGAGUCUGGCAAAGAAGAAAGGACUGAAAAAUGAUGUCUUCAAAUUACCACCAAUUGUUGAUUUUGCUGCAGAGUGUAGUCGUGAAAUGCACUGGGAUGGCAUAGUUGCAUGCCAUCAUGGUUCUCCGGUUGUCAGUACAUGGAACUUCCAAAAAAGCUGUAUGGGAUCACAUAAAUUGAUGCAUAAACGUUUUGAUAAUAUGCUAGAUACACAUGUGGAAGCUCUGGUGGUGGAAAUUACAACUUGUGGUAAUUUUGCACUUGUUGGCUGGAGUACAGGACAUGUGGAUUUGUACAACAUUCAGUCAGGCAUUUUCAGAGGCUCAUUUGGUAACCCUACAGCACAUAAUGGACCAAUUCGAGGUGCAGCUGUAGAUGGUCUUAACCAAGUUGCCAUCACAGGAGCUAGUGAUGGUUACAUCAAAUUUUGGCAAUUUAAAAGCAAAGAAUUAUUAAAGAAUCUUAAAAUGGAAUCUGCAGUCUCAAUGUUAUUUCUACACAGGGAGAGUUCAAUGAUGGCAGUGGCAUUAGAUAACUUUACUGUGAAUGUAGUUGACAUCGACACACACAACAUCGUGAGAGUAUUUUCUGGUCACAGAAAUAGUGUGACAGAUAUGGCAUUCCGUUCAGAUGGGAGGUGGUUGCUUACAUCCUCAAUGGACUCAACCAUUCGCACUUGGGACCUCCCUCUUGGAAGAUUGGUAGAUUCUUUUCUCUUGGAUUCUCCAGCUACAAGUUUAACCCUCUCUCCUACAGGAGACCACCUAGCAACCACCCAUGUUGAUGAUUUGGGUGUUUAUCUAUGGAAUAAUAGAACCCUGUAUGUGCAUGUGGCACUAAAAGCGUUGCCUGAUGAUUUUGAACCAGCUGUAGUAGCCCUCCCGGGAACUUAUUGUACCACAAAUGAAAAUGAAGAAGAUGAAGCUAAUGUUAGGAAUUAUGAAGAUGAGUUAGAAGAUAUUUACAAAUCUCCAGAACAGAUCUCUUCAGAGCUGGUGACUUUGUCACUAUUGCCAGAAUCCAGAUGGAAGAGUCUAACCAAUCUUGAACUUAUUAGGAAACGGAACAAGCCAACAGAACCACCAAAAUUAUCGAAAGUGCCAUUCUUCUUGCCGACAAUCCCUGGCUUGGAGUUGAAAUUUGCAGCAACAAAAUCAGAAGAUAAUUCAGAGGCUUCAAGAAUUCUUCAAAUUGACGCACUAACAGAAACAUCUGAGUUGUGUAAGUGUUUAUCAGCAGCUACUGCCAGCGGAGAUUAUCAUAAUGUGAUGGUGUACAUGAAAGAACUUGGACCAUCGGCUAUUGACAAACAAAUUCGUUCUUUGUCACCUAUUGGUGGAGGCUCUUUUUAUAUCAUGACGUCCUUCAUUCGUUUCCUGGAGUCCACAAUGCUUGGAAAAAGGGACUAUGAAUUAGGACAGGCUUAUAUUGGUCUUUUUCUGAAAGUUCAUGGUGAUCUGCUUGCCAGGGAAAAAGAAUUUAUAAAAGAAUUAGAAAGUCUUCAGAAGAUCCAAUUAGAUUCAUGGAAAGAACUUAAUAGGAAAUUUAACCAAAGUUCAUGCAUUGUAAACUACUUAAAAAAUGCAACAUUAUGAAUUACAUGUACAUCCAAGAUGACAGUUUGUGGCGAAAUAAUGGUUUUGCUUAGAUUUAACAUGAUAUUCAUGUUAUAGGAUGCUCACAUGCUGGAGGUUCUGUGGGUUCGCAGAUGCUGGAGGGCUGGGCCGCCAAGAGUGGUCCUGCAUGGCUGGGGGCGCAGGGCCCCCACUUUUUGGCAAGAAAUAUAUGUCUAUGCAGAUUUUUGUAUGAUCGGAAAGAAAUGCUAGUGGGGGCCCCCAUCACUUUGAAAAACAUUCCGCCAGCCAAGUCCUGGACCCCAGGGCCCCAUGAUUGGGGCAGGCAGCGGCAUAAAGCAGGGUCCAGGGGAAAAGAUCCUAUUUGGGGUUUGGGAGCUCUGGCUUUUUAUGUAAUUUGCCAAAUUGGGAAGAUUAGAGACAUAUAAGAGAGUAGAUAAUGUAACCAUCUUGAGAAUAAUCCUUUAUGGAAAAAAAUAAAAUACCAACUCAGGCGAUUUGAUCGAAAGAAAUUUUAUUCAACCCACAAUUACAUUUUAUUGGGUUUCCAUCCAUAAACCAUUUUAUGGCAUUUUUAAUAUGAUCAAUUUAACAUGAUUAGAAGUAAUUUGACCUAGGAGCCUUCAUAUAGUACUGUAUUGUUAAGGCGAGACUAUUUUUAUACCUUGUUUAGCGAACCCACCGACUGCAAAUAUUGAUGAUUUCGAAUAAACAUAAAAUUUUAUUUUUUGCCAAUUAGCACACCCGCUGCC